AUUGAUUUGUAGGUUUGUUAGUUGAGGUUAGAUUAUUCAAUACCGAAAAACUACAAAUGCAAACAUAAGAGUAAUGGAGAAAUCUAAAAGAUACAUAACAAUUUCAGUGGCGGCAUUUCUUUGUUAUUGUAAUACCCUUUGGGGAACUUUUGUGUUUGAUGAUAGUGAAGCUAUAGUGAAAAAUAAGGAUGUCAUGCCUUACGUUGCAUUACAAAACAUUUUUCAAAAUGACUUUUGGGGUACUAACAUUUCAUUAAAUAGUAGCCACAAAUCAUAUCGACCCCUCACUAUCUUAUCUUAUAGGCUUAACAUAUUAUAUUCCAAUAACAAACUUGAUGCAUUCCAGUUUCAUGCAACUAAUGUGAUUUUAUAUGGUUUGUUAUGUAUACUUACUAUUCCAGUAUUUGAAUUAUUUUUGCGAAAAAGAAAAAGAGAAAUCAACGUAAAUGAUACUGCCUAUUUCGCAACUUUGUUAUUUACUGUUCAUCCAAUACACACUGAAUGUGUAGCUGGACUUGUGGGACGGGCUGAUAUUUUGUGUUCUAUAUUAUUUUUUGCUGUGAUAUUGUUAUAUGACAAAGUGGUGACAAGAAAGUCUUUUUUAUUACUCAUUUUAGUGAUGCUUUGUGCAGCUGCAGCUGUAUUGUGUAAAGAAACAGCAUUGACUGUUUUGGGUGUCUGUAUAGUUUAUGAUGUGUUUGUAAUUAAAAAAAAGAGAAAGCGAUGGAUUGAUAUUUGCAACUUGUAUUUCUUUCUGCGCACUACAGCAUUAGUUACAAUAGGGUUGCUGAUACUUUAUUAUCGAUUUAAGAUAAUGAAUUUUGAAGGGCCUACUUUUACAAGCAUCGACAAUCCGGCUGCAUAUGCAGCCAGUAUUUAUACUAGGAUUCUUUCUUACAACUACAUUUAUUUUUUAAAUUUUUUAUUGUUGUUGUGGCCUCAAUGGUUGUGUUUUGAUUGGUCAAUGGGUUGCAUUCCACUAAUAGAAAGUGUUUAUGACACAAGACUGCUUUUUGUAUUGAUAUUUUGGAUAAUCACUUCUUUCUCCGUUUAUAUCCUCAUCAAAAACGUCAUUGAAAAUGAAGUUUUAGAUGCUAAGAUAAUGGCUGUUAGUUUAAUCGUUCUGCCGUUCCUACCAGCGUCAAAUUUAUUUUUAAGAGUUGGUUUUGUCAUAGCUGAACGUAAUUUACUAUUACCGAGUGCUGGAUUUUGUCUUUUGGUGGCAAUAGGUUUAAAAAAAAUUGAAAAUGCUGGUAUAAGUAAUAAGUCGAACACAGUUUUAUUAUUUUACAUAGUUUGUGCAAUAUUUAUCGUUCGGUCGGUUCAGAGGAACUCUAAUUGGUUGCUUGAAGACAAAUUGUUUUCUUCAGCUUUAGAUGUUUGUCCGUUAAAUGCUAAAGUACAUUAUAAUAUAGCAAAAAUUGCCGGAGACAAAAAUAAUAGAAGUUUAGCGUUAGCCGAAUAUAGGAAAGCCAUCGAACUCAACCCCAAUUACGAACAGGCAAUGAAUAAUCUAGCAAAUUUGUUAAGGGAAGAUAAACAGUUUGAAGAAGCCGAAAUCCUGUUGCGACGAGCCCUUGCAGUUAGACCAAAUUUUGCAGCCGCAUGGAUGAAUUUGGGCAUCGUUCUCACCAAUUUAAACAAAACAAGGGAGGCAGAAUUCUGCUAUAAAACGGCAAUCAUGUAUCGAAAUAAAUACCCAGACUGUUACUACAAUUUAGGAAACUUGUAUUUGGAUCAAAAACGAAACGAGGAGGCUUUGAAGGCUUGGGAGAUGGCAGUUACAUAUCGUCCAACACAUGUGGCUGCCUGGAGCAAUACUUUGGUACUCAUGGAUAGUAUGAGACAAUAUGAACAAGUUUUAGAAUUAGGAAAAAUUGCGCUCAGUCAUAACCCCAAAUCUCCUGCAUUACACUUUAGUAUUGCCAAUACUCUGGGGAAAAUCCAGCAGUUUGCAAAGGCGGAAAGUUAUUUUCUGGAAGCAAUAAACUUGAAUUCACAGAACGCGCUUUAUCACUCAAACUUGGGAGUCUUGUACCACAGGUGGGGCAAAACUGAUAAGGCUCGUGAAAUGUAUAAAAAAGCACUUCAAAUUGAUCCCAACAUGAAGACAACUGAACUAAAUCUACGCAAACUUUUAAUUGCUCAAGAACAGUGAGUGAGAAGCAAUAAAAACACAUGUUUUUAUCCAAUUAAUUUAUUGUGUUUCUAUACAAAUAUAGUAUUGACAAAUU